AUGGACUCAUCUCCGCGACCAACCAGCCCUAACAAAAGGCGAGGCCUCGGGCGUCGCAUUAGUGACCUUCACGUUCACAUCACGAGCAUCCUGCCCGGACACAACCACCCAACGCAUCUCCUCGCGAGCGAUGUCACCGGCUUUCUCCUCUUCACCCUGUUCGCGACCGAUUGGCCGUCAGCUUGGCGCGCGAAGCUUGCCCGGGUCAUCCCUUUCUCCCAACCAGGCUCCGAGAACCUGUCCACCAGCUUCUGGAACGCUUUCUGGCAGGAACGGUGGCAUCAAGAAGACCACUCGGAGGCGAGGACGGACAAGUGGAAUCCUUCCUUGUACAAGUCGCCGCCUCCGCGCAUGCGCUCCUGCCGCGAGAUCCUGAACCGGCAGCAGGCAUUGAGGAAUUGUUGCGCUGGGCAGUCGACGGAUCUCGAAGUGCCGGACGUUGUCAGCAACAUGCUGGUGCAGGUGGCUCUGGCGUUUUGCUGGCUCUGGGCGGUGCUCACAGAUUACAAACGGCUCCUCUGCUUGGUGGAUGCCAUCGAGAACGAUGGACAAGGGUACCGGGAGAAGUUCCAGGGGGAGGUGCCGGUGGUCGUCCGCAAAGGAGAGGGGACCAUGCCUGUGGCUCGAAGUGGCCCGUCGUACUGUUGCUUGGGUCGACUACAACGACACAUUGACCGUGGUCAGGACCUGAUACACAAAUUUGUAGAGCUGGAGAUGUGCGAUGGCAGUGGUGAUGCACUCUGGACGGAGAAUGAAUGGUUAGUCGAGAGGGAGGGGGAGAUUCCGGCAGAGAUGCUAGAACAUGACCGGUUUCUCGUCAACCGUGUCAUUUUCUCGGCUGGUCUAUCGUGGCUUAUGGUUGCCAUCAGCUGCGACUUUGCGACAUUCUACCUGCUUGUAUUGAUUCGGCGAUUGAGGGCUCAUUGCCUGCCGCAUUAUAAGUAA